AUGCCUCGCACCAUCGCAUAUCUCGGUCCGGCGGGAACGUACGGCGAGCAGGCUGCUAAUCACUUUGCUCGCCGGCUCGGCGGGGGGAUCAACCUGCGUCCAUGCGAUACCAUUGGAGACGUUUAUGCUGCAUCCAAGGCGUGUGACUAUGCUGUCCUCCCACUCGAGAACACUCUGCAAGGCGUCGUGCUAGAGACGGUCGACGCGCUCCUCUCCCCGCUUGCGGACCCCGCAUUCCCGGCCAUGGAGUACCUGUACCCACCGACGCCCGAUGCUUUGGCAUCACAGGGAGGCGUCGCAUCACCGACGGCGCCUGAGCAGCCGCACAUCGUCGCGGACACGACGCUCUCCAUCAGCCACCAGCUCGUGGGGCUGAGGGGUUCGCGUCUCGAGGAUAUCCGAUAUGUUCGAUCGCAUGAGCAGGCGCUGGGCCAGUGCAGCGCCUGGCUGGAUAACUACCUCCCUCAUGCCGAGCGCGUACCGUGGCCUUCAACGGCAGGCGCUCUGACCAGCGUGUUGGCACAGGGAGAUAAAAGUGGGGCCGCCAUCUGCUCACGGGCGGCGGUCGAGCGCGAAGGCAGCCGCGUCAACGUGCUUGCUGAGGGCGUACAGGGCGUCAAGAACAACUUCACUCGUUUCCUCCUCCUCUCGCGCGAGGCACCAGCACCGCCCCCUGCCGACGCCCACAAAAUCGCGUUCUACGCCCUUCGCGACAUUGGCUCGAUCGGCGCCAUCUCCCACUUCGGCCCAGCUUUGUCCAUUCACCAACGACCCGCGCCGCCAGGCGCCGUCGCCGGUGUGCCAUUCCCGCGCUUCGCCCUCGCUGAGGUCCGCGUCAACGCUCUCGCGAUGGAUACGUCGGGCGCCAUCCUGAUGGGCUCGUUCAACCCCGAGGACGUCAACUUGUCAUAG